CUCUUGGAUUUCAAGAGCAGAACUAUCAUUUCCAAAAAGGGAAAAUAAGUAUGCAUAUGUGCCGUGGCGUGGGAGUCUAUAGCAGGCGUUGCAUUGUCUGCAAUUUCUUGUAAGACUCUGGUCGUUGUCUCUCUCCAUAUUACAUGGUGGGCACAAGGCGAAAAAGCAAGGCUGCCGCAGCCGCAGCCGUCCAGAACGACUACGAUGGCACAUCAACUCACGAAACAGACGAGUCCAGUUAUCCACAACCAUUCAGCAUCCCACUACCUACCGACAUCGAUGUUGAAGCACUUUCAAGCUUGAUACCGGAAGUCUCGUUUGCUACCCCAACCCCUGAAACCAUAGUAUCUGUAUACAGAUUGCUCCUUGCACAAGUAACCGAAACCAAUGCCACCCAGAGAGACCUAGAGGAGGCGAGGGCCGAUGUCGAACGGAAGGAAGUGGAACUAGACCAGGCUUAUCAAGAUGCGGAGAACAAGACAAAAAGUCUCGAAACUUCCCUCGAGAAUGUUCAGAGCCAACUCACAGUCACGAGGCAAGAAAAGGAGCAGCUUGCUGCAUCGAAGAGUAGCCUGGAAGCACAGAUAUCAAACCUCAGUACCUCGCAGUACACUUCAUCGACCGAACUCGAUCAAUUCAAACAUCGCGUUGAGGACGCUGAGCGUGAAAAACGUGACCUUAUGGGUGUCGUAAAUAGGUUGAAGGAAGAUGCAACGCAACGCGACGAUGAGGUGCAAAACUUGCGCAACAGCCUCCGACAAGCACGUCAAGAACACCAAACACAAGAGAGUCAAGUGCGCGAGCUUCGCUCAUCAGAAACAUCCAACAAGUUCAAGAUCGACUCUCUUACGCAGCAACUCCAACUCGCACAGUCCGAAGUUGAGCGAGCAACCGUCGAAUUAUCGUCUAAAAUCGAAGAACACGCCAAGUACCGACGCACGAAACACGCUGAGUUCGCAACCCUGCAAGCCGCACAUGACUCACUCACCCAGCAACACUCCGCAUCGGAGAGUGCGUUCAAGGCUCUCCAGAGCGCGCACGCGUCUCAAGCACACCAGCUCACGCAGGCUCUUGCACGUGUGCAGGAUCUGACCGUACAGCUCGCAGAACAGGAAGCAGCAUUCACUAGUGAAGCAUCUGGGCUGCGACGACUCGUCAACAUUAUGGAAGAGCGCGAGAAGCAGGCGAAGGAGAUUGUCGAAGGUAUUGAACGUGAAUGGGCAGGUGUCGGAGAACGCGCCGAGCGACGGGAGGCAGCUCUGCAGGCUGAAGUCGAGAAGGAGAAGCGGGCCCGAGAGGAAGCAGAACGAAAGGUUGAUCAACUUGAAACAGUCGUCGAGCGCAUGAAUCGUGGUGAAUUGCCUGUCGCCUCCCGCGGAACACCCGUCCCAGGAACCCCUGCAACCCCUGCUCGCAAUUCUGCUCAAGCGGCCGGAAUGGAAGGUAUGUUUGGCCUGAGCCCGACGGUCGCAAUGGUCAGCAGAGCACAGAAGACCGGAAAGACGUUCACCGAUGUCUAUGCCGAUUAUGUUCGUUUGCAAGAUGAAUUUGCGAAGAAGUCAUCCGAGUAUGAUCACAUGGACAGAACACUUUCUGCAGUGUUGGCACAGAUUGAGGAACGGGCUCCCAUUCUAUCACAGCAACGAGAAGAGUACGACCGCCUACAAUCCGAAGCCGCACAACUUGCCUCACAACUCUCAACGGCGCUCGCCGAACGGGAGGGUAACUCGAACGCAUUCCAAGAAGCAUCGCAGAAGUUGAAGAAAUCCCACUCAGAGAAUGAACUUCUGCAACGGCAGCUUGAUGACCUCGGUCGGCAAGUUCAAACUCUGCUCAAGGAACUCGGGAGGCGCACAGACCCGUCUUUGCCUACGGAUGCUGAGAUGGAAGAAAUGGAACCCUUACCAGCUGAAAACAUUAAUGCUGUCAUCACGAACAACCUCGUACUUUUCCGCAGUAUCGGUGGGCUACAAGAACAGAACCAGAAGCUACUCAAGAUUGUACGUGAGCUCGGUUCUAAAAUGGAGGCGGAAGAGCGUGACUACCGCGACGCGCUUGAGCAAGAGCAGAGUGAAGCCGUGAGAGAGGCGCAUGAGGCGAUUCAAGAUUUGGCUGCACAGCUUGACAGACAGAAGAAGAGCAGCGAUAUGACAAUCCAGGCGUACAUGAAGGAGCGGGAUGCGUUGAAAGCCAUGCUUGCACGGGCUGAGCGCUCUGGACUGUAUGCGGGCGUCAACGGUGACAUCAACGGCGCCGCUGAUCCUAUCAAGAACAAUCUAGCUGCGGAACUUGAAGACGUGCAAGCUCAGUUCGAGGCUUAUAAAGCUGAGAUGGGUACGGAUUCUGUGAAGCUUCGAGAGGACCUACAACAAGCGCAUCGCGAUCUCGGGCAGGUUAACGUUACACUUGCCAAGGCCAAUGCCAAGAUCGAAUAUCUCACUGACCGUCAUCGCAUGAGCCAAGACGAAGCAGCGUUGCACACCCGCAAUCUCGACAACUUGACCAAGCGCAACCAACAACUCUAUGACCAGUAUAUCCGAAUUGAUAUCGAGUGUAACCGAGCCCAGCAGGAGUUGUCCGAGGCUAAUGGUCGUGUUGAGCAGUUGCGCAAUGAGAACGCAAACCUGCGUGCAGAGAAGAAGAUAUGGGAGUCUGUCCAAGUUCGCUUGGUGCAAGAGAACAAGACCCUCUCCGUGGAACGAUCUCACCUGACUGACCUUAUAGCCAAUGUGCAGAGGAUGCACGGCGACCUUGAACGAUCGGGAGAAAAUGACCGACGGCGUCUGGAAAACCAAAUUCAGGCGAUGGAUGACCAGACAAAAGACAUGAAGGCUCAGCUCUCGCAGGAACGUGACGCAGUCCGCCACGUCAGGCUUCAGAAGGAUAUCGACUCGAAGGACCUGCAAACCCGCCUGGACAAGACGACCGAACAGCUAUCUCAAGUUCGGGAGUCUCUCGUUGGCGCAGAAACCAGCAAAGUCCACCUCCAAGAGCGUGUUGACCAACUAACACGCCAGCUACAAGGUAACGAGGAGAAGCUUGCCGUGUACGAACGUCGCCCAUCGACUGGCAAUGGCGUUCCUCGUUCUGAGCAAGACCUUCCACGUGAACAGCAACUCGAGCAGGAAGUCGCGGAAUUACGGUCUGCAUUGAAGGUCGCCCAAGUCGAUCUUACAGCUGCUCGUAGUCAUAUGCAGCAAUUCCAAGAGAUCUCUCAAGCUAACGAAGCUGCUCUGUCUGCACUGAAUGCUACGCAUGAUCAAUACAAGACUGAGACUGAGGCGCAGAUCUCAAAGAACGAGCUGGAGUACAAGGCCCUGCAAGAUAAACUGCGCAGCGUGGAGGAUGAUGUGCGACAGUCUGCUGAUAAGUUCUCUGAACUUCAACGCACGUUUGAGUCGGAGCGGCUGGCUUGGACUAAUGACAAGAAGACGUUGGAGGAUACCAUUGUCGACUUGAGCACCUCUGAGAAGACUUCUGAGACUGACCGCACCACUCGCGAGAGUGAAGUUCGUCAGCAAGAGGAAAGGGCCCUUGCCGCAGAGGAUAGAUACUCGCGUGAAGUGAUACUACAUGCCGAAUCGAUCAAGACCAUCGAGACCCUCAAGCAACAACUAUCCGUCGCUCAAGCUACCUCCAGGGAGAACACGUCAGAAGCUGCUAAUGCCCAAGCUAAGCUGGCAGCAUCUGAGAGCAGCUGGAAGCAGCAAAAAGAGGCUUUGGAUAAGGAAAUCACUGAUCUCAACGCACGGUCCAAGGAUCUGUCCGCACAGAAUGCUCUUCUUCAUCAGCAUCUCGAGACUGUCAGCACCCAAGCUACGCGCAUACGUCAGGCUGCGGACUCCUCCGCUGCGGAUGUCACUUCUGGUGACGCAGAUAUUCGUGGCGAUGUGGACACUAAGGUUUCAGAACUCAGAUCUGUUGUGGCUUACCUGCGCAAGGAGAAAGAGAUAGUUGAUCUCCAACUUGAGCUCAGUAAACAGGAGAACGUCCGCUUGAAGGCUCAGAUCGAGCAUUUGGCUCAGAGUUUGCAAGAAACCAGGGCAACCCUUGCUGAGGAACGGGAACGGGCGAUGGAAGCGGCAACUUCGGAUGCUCAGCACGCUGAAAUGUUGGAGAGGAUCAACCAGUUCAAUAUUCUUCGGGAAAGCAAUGCUACCCUCCGCGCUGACUGCGAAACUUAUGCUAAACGCUCUCGCGAGCUCGACGCAAAACUGCAGGCAUUGUCCACAGAGCUUGAACCUGCCAAGGAACAGGCUCGCAUGGCACAGGCAGAGCUGCAAGCUAGGGAUGCACAGAUCACACGUCUUGAGGGAGAGAGUCGCCGUUGGCAAGAACGCAACGCGCAGUUACUGAGUAAAUAUGAUCGUACUGACCCCGCUGAGAUCCAAACGCUGAAAGACGAAAUCGAAACGCUGAAAACUCAGAAGGCUGGUGCAGAGAAAUUGGCUGCAGAACAUGAAGAACGAGCAAACACUAUCCAGGCCCGGCUCUCACGUCUCGAAGCUAAUUUCAGAAUGCACAAAGAUAGCAACACGAAAAGUGUAGACAAGUUCAAAUCUAGCCUUGGAUUACUUAACAACGAGAAGUCUCAACUUACUGCCACUGUCAAUGAGCUCGAAGGCAAGAUUAAAACUCUGACCGCCGAACGAGACACAUUGCGCACCGCAUCGGCAUCUGAUGCAUCGCAACAGUUGAACUCCCAGCUAGAGACGUUACGUCAAGAGAAGGCCGCUUUGGAGCAAGCGUUGGCCAAUGAGAGAGCUGUGAAAGCCCAGGCGCCUUCCGAAGGUUCAUCAGAUCAAGCUGCGCUCAUUGCUUCCCUUAGGGAUGAAAGAGACAGGCUUUUAGCAGAAAAGGAGGCUUUGAGCAAAGCUGGAUCCUCUACUCUACCUUCUGAUACUGCGCGCUCAUGGGAGUCGGAAAAGCUUGAACUCAUAAAGGCGCGAGACGAGGCAGUAGCGCGUGCUAGUACCUCAGAUGAAUUGGCAAAAAAGGCCUCCGAUGACGUCAGGAACCUCCGUCAAUCCAAUGAUAAAUUCCAAGCUAGAAUUCAAGAAAUGCAAAAAACCAGAGAGAAGUUUAACUCGGAACAGGCAGCCGUUGUCGCCGCCGCUGUCGAGAAGGCCAAGAGUGAAGUCGCUGCCGGCGUUGCUUCUGUAGACACCGAGGAACUCUCGAAGAAGCAUGCCCAAGAACUGGAGGCUCUACGAGCUCUGCUGACUACCCAGCACGAGACAGCCCUCAAGGCAGCAGUAGACGCUGCUACUAAGGCUGCCAAAACAGACGCUGCCAGUUCUUCUUCCGAUGAGGCAACGAAAGCCGCUAUUGCCGCUGCCAUCGCUGCUCAUGAUGCAGAACUCCAAGAACGACAUAACGCAGAGUUAGAUGCAGCGGUCGAGCGGGGUAGAUUAGAAUCGCAGGCGAAGAGCAAAAUCAAAGAUGGUCAGCUUGUUCGAUCUCAGGUCAGGCUUAAGGAUCUGGAAGCGCAAGUGCUGGAGUGGCGAAAAGCUGGAUUAAUCCCCGAGGCUCCGCCACCACAAACGCCCACAGCGCCAACCUCCAAGGUGCCGCCCCCGGUUAUUGCUGCAGCUUCUACUUCACAACCAGCCACGGCUUCCACUCAGGCAACAACUGCAUCAAGCGCAACACCCGUGAAGCCUGCCGCCGCAGCCCCAGCAGGUCAACCUGCAGCUGCUAGUGGAGAUAAGCCACCCACCAGUGGUGCAGUUUCCCUUGGUAUCCCCAGAGGUGGCCGAGGUAGAGUUGCUCCGCGCGGCACCGCGAGAGGCUUCGCCCGAGGUGCAGCUCCUGGUCGGGGCGGCGCUCCACCCCCUGUUGCAACUACCUCCGGUACUACAGGGAUAUCUAUCAUUGGCGCAGCUAGUAAACGUGGUCGAGAAGAAGAUCUGGCCACGGAUGAUUCCCUGGCGAAGCGGCUGAAGCCCGCGGGGGAGACCGCACCCGCACCAAAACCCCCUGUUACUCUCCGUCGCCCACCUCCACAGUAGCCGGACUCGCAGUAGUGUAGUACGGACUUGCAUUUUACCAUGACUCCACAUAUUGUAUCAAUAUUUCAGUUGUCGAUUCACUAUUAUUAUAUCCUGUUUGUUAUUUGCAUACUGCUCAUGUAGGUAAGUCGAGCGCAUUAUGUUCAACGGAGCUCGAACAAUCAGAAUACCUGUCAAUUGCCUCCAUCAGUCUCCCCCACCGCCCUCUGUUCCAGUUCUUCAUUUCCUCCCAUUCCAGAUCCUCACAGCAAUACUGUGCCCAUUUGCACAGUGCCGCAACUAUGAAGUCAGCGAAACACGGCGUAUCCCC